GGCAACAUAUUUAAGUAGCACCAAUGUCAGUUACCUGGAAAAUUUGACUCUUUAUUGUUGGGAACUUUCGUGUAUUCUGUAUAUUUUUUCAUAUAAAUAAAUACUAUAUAUUUUAAUAAUCUAGUGAGAAUUAGAGGGAAAAAAAAUCUGUUUUUGAGGAUAUUAAAAAAAAAAAAAACUUGGUGUUAUUCAUUGAAAAUGCAGUGCCUCCUUGUGUUCAUGUUGAUUGUAUUAUUAUUGCUUUGUUUCAGUAUCUGUGAAGCUUUUGGAUGUGAAUUCGAUGCUGAAAAUCAUCAAUUUAAGGUGGCAGAUACAAUCAGGGUGGAUCAAUCUGGCAAAGGAGAUUUCAAAACUGUCCAAAAAGCUAUUGAUUCAAUCCCUUCUAAUAACAAGAAGUGGAUACGUAUCCUUAUUUCCCCUGGAGUUUUCAGGGAGAAAGUUACAAUUCCUUGUGAUAAACCAUGCAUUUUCCUCGAAGGAGCUGGGAGACUGUUAACCAGGAUUGAAUGGAAUAGUCAUAUGAGAACCUGUGACAGUGCUACUUUGACUUCAUUUCCUGAUAGCAUUGUUGCAAAAGGCAUUACUUUCAAGAACUUUUACAACAUACCUCUAGCAACAAUACCCAACAUAAAGAACACGGUAAAGCCAGCCCUAGCAGCUAGCAUCUACGGUGACAAAUCGGCUUUCUACAACUGUGCUUUCUUUGGGUUACAAGAUACAUUGUGGGACGUACAAGGUCGCCAUUACUUCAAAAAUUGCUAUAUCGAAGGUGCUAUUGACUUUAUAUUUGGGAGUGGUCAAUCUAUCUAUGAGAGCUGUGAAAUAAAUCUUACAAUAGGCAAAUAUGCACCCCAAUAUCCCAAUGGUUAUAUAACAGCACAGGGAAGGAAUUCAUCGGAUGAUCCGAGUGGUUUUGUUUUUAAAUCUUGUGUUUUUACAGGGACUGGUAAAACUUAUCUUGGAAGAGCUUAUGGAGCUUAUUCUAGAGUGAUCAUAUAUAAGUCGGUGAUGACGGAUAUUAUUGUUGCUUCUGGUUGGGAUGCUUGGACCUAUGUUCAUCAUGAAAGAAAUUUGAUGUAUGCAGAGAAUAGUUGCAGGGGAGCUGGGGCCAACACUUCAAAGCGAGUGCCAUGGCUGAGGAAACUCAGUGCUUCUCAACUCAGUCAAUUUGUGAAUAUAUCAUACAUUGACAAAGAAGGAUGGAUUGAUAAACUGCCAAAACAUGUUCUAAAUUUAGGGCAUAAGAAAAAUUCCAAACUCAAGUUCAUGGCUUAACAUAUCUACAAAUAUUUUGCACAUUUAUUAGAUGAUUUUACCUUCCAAUUGCAAAUUUAGUUGCAAAUGGUUUUAUUAGUUAAAAGAGAUUAAAAAUAUGAAAUGAAUAUAAAAGUUGGUUAUACAA